UUAAUUGUUCAUCAGUCUGAAAAAAGACCUUGAAAGGUAAUGUCGUCAAUAAAGCUUUUGGUUUGCUUCUUUCUGAUCAGAGUUAUUUUUUUGUGGCACUUUUAUGCGAUCGAUGCAUCUAUGAUUGAAAUAAUCGAUGUACCGUCUGUUAUACGAAACGGUACUGGACCAGUCAAACUUUCUUGCAUUUACAAAAUCGAUGAGAAUGAAAAUGGUCUGGUUGUUAAAUGGUAUCACGAGUUGAAUCAAAUCUAUCAAUGGAUCCCACCGUUGCCACCACAAGAUACGGGAAUAAUCGCGAACUAUUCGAAAUAUCCAGCAAAAAAUCUGAUAGAACCGGAAACGCGCUCGAUAAUCGAUUUAAAAAUGAUUACCCUUGAUAUGAGCGGAGAAUACAUGUGCGUAAUCAAAACAUUUUUUAGUGAACAUACCAAAGCAACUAGGAUGAUCGUUUACGUCCCGGAAAGCAGUGCCAAAAUUCAUGUCAGUCGUUUCAAUAAUAGUCAUACUAAUAUUAAAUGUACAGUCUUAGGAGCACAACCGAGACCAACUUUGGAACUUUAUAUCGAAGGGAUCAAAAUCGAUGAUAAAUCCGAUCAAUCAUCAUUAAUUAUUGAUGAUAAUAUAUAUAAAUAUAAUUUUUCUGUAAUACGGAAUGUCAUUGUAAAAAAUAUGAUUAAUCCAGUAUUAAUAGAAUGUGAGAUUUCUAUUUCCGAAACGAAUUAUAAACGAAGAGAAAAAAUGGUUUAUUAUCCUGAUCGUAUAAAAUUAGGAUAAUAAAUUAUGCAUACAUAUUACUUAGUAAAAUUAAAAUAAUGUUAAUAUUUAUGACAAAAUAAUUAUCAGAAAAAAAAAUAACACAGUAAAAA